ACGGAGAAUGGGGAAAGGAAAGUUGCAGAGCACCCAAGCUUGCUAGCGUCUCUGGCGUUGAGAUUCAAGAGCUUCAAUGUUGGCGGCCAAUUAAUUUCCAGCUUCAAAUCUAAUACCCACUUCCAUCCAUUUUCACACUGAAGUUCAGCACCCUCCUCCUCAAUUCCUCCCCCACUUCAGCAAAAUGUGAUGCGUCGAUGAUUUGAUUUUGAAACAGUUCAUGGGGUCUAUAAGCUUGAAGACAUGGAUCAUGAAGUUUCCACCCAUUUUACCUUCUGAUUUUCGCAUCAUAGCUCUCAAAAAGAGCAUUGUUCCGCCUUUUUAAACGUUGGAAGGUUACGUUUUCCAUAUAGGAAGCUUGAAACCUCGUAGUUUGUAGGCACAGGGGGCAGGGGAAGCAAUGGCUUUACAAAUGAGCUGUCAGAACAACAGGCAGAAGCAUGUCGAUUUGAGUGAUGGUGGAGGAGAAAAAUGGGAAUAUUAUUCUUCACAUCAUCAAAUACUGUUGGUGGGUGAGGGUGAUUUCUCCUUCUCCCUUUGCUUGGCUCAAUCCUUUGGUUCAGCUUUCAACAUCGUUGCUUCUUCCCUUGACACCUAUGAUCAAGUUGUGAGGAAGUACAAGAAGGCGAUGUCAAAUUUGAUUGCCUUAACAAAAAUGGGAGCAUGUGUGUUGCAUGGAGUUGAUGCAACCCAAAUGAAAUUUCAUCCAUACUUGGAAAUGAGGAGAUUUGAUAGAAUUAUAUUCAACUUCCCUCAUGCAGGCUUUCAUGGCAAAGAAAGCAACUUCUCCAUGAUUCAGAAACACAAGGACCUUGUGCGUGGGUUCUUUAUGAAUGCAGGGAGCAUGCUGAGGUCCAAUGGUGAAAUUCAUGUUAAUCACAAGACCAAACCGCCAUACGAUGCCUGGCGCAUAAAGGAACUUGGGAUUCAAAACUUUCUAUGGCCAAUUGAGUGUGUGCAAUUCAAGAAAGAAGAUUACCCGGGUUAUAAUAACAAGCGAGGUGAUGGGUCCAGAAGUGAUGAGCCUUUCCACCUCGGUAAGUGCAGCACAUUCAAGUUUGCCUUGUUGACAAAGAAUGAAUUCUACCCCACAAACCAAAGAACUCUCAGUUAUCAUCACUACCCUCUGAUAAGCCUCAAUCCUCACUCACCACCAUCAGCAAAAUUAGUUGCAGAAAUGGACACCUUCCAAUAUUAGAAGGAGGAGGAGGCUACUUAAAC